CCAUUUCAUUCAGAGUCUGUUUCCAUUGUACUCAAAGAAAAAAGAGAAAAGAAAAAAGAAAAAAAGAGAGAAAAAAAAAGGAAAACCAAUCUCCCUUUUUAUUUGUAUCUUCAGAAAUGGAAGAUGAAGAUCAGAAAGAGUUACAGCUUCUUCCAACACCACACUCCAUAGCAUCUUCGUCGACGUCCCACAUAUCGUCUCGUCCAUCUGACUCCUCCUCGUUACGGUUCCGUUCCGAUCCAUUAUUCGAAGCAGGAUCAGGAGGAUCGGUGGACCUACAGCUAUCAAUAAGUCUAAGGCCAAUCCGGCCAGUAACGGCAGGGGGGGCGGAGUGCUUGUUCAAGUAUGAGGAGGUGAUGAAGCCUGAGGCAGCGAGCUGUGUGGACGCGCUCAAGUGGCAAGCGGCGGAGCAAAUUCGGCUGGCGGCGAUGGAAAAGGCGUAUGCUGAGAGAGUUAGAGAACUGACAAAGAGGGAAAUAGAACUGGCUCAAACGGAAUUUGCUAGGGCAAGGCAGAUGUGGGAAAGAGCAAGAGAAGAAGUUGAGAAAGCUGAAAGAAUGAAAGAAAGAGCUACUCGUCAAAUGGAUUCUACGUGCAUGGAGAUCACUUGCCAAUCUUGCAGGCAGAGGUUUCGGCCUUCUUAAUUAUUAUCUUUAAUCAUAAUUUUACCUCAUUAAUUACCCCUUUCCAUUUCCCUUAAUUAUCCAGAGUUUCUUUUAGUUAAAUCUCUGCUUGGGUCUGUUUUCUUUUUUCUUUUUAAUUAAUCAUUUAAAUCAAGUAAACUAGAGAAGGAGAAGAAAAAAAAUGGGGUUCUUAAUUAGUUGGAUCAUUAUCUUCUUUGAUCAUCAACAAUUACACAUUAAAUAAUUCAAAAUUGGAGUUCAAAUUCAAUUUUGUUUUGGAAAUUAAAUUUCUUGGUUGUUUAGUGAAUUAAGUUUGUAUGAUAUUUUAAUAUAUUAUUAAUAAUUAUAUGGAUGAUUUGUUUAUGA